UCCUUCCCUGCCUUACCCUUCCCUCACCUUCAAACUCACACACUCACAAACACACCCUUAACGUACCUUUAUUUAAAGCCCUCUUUGUCCUUGCUCCUUUUGCCGGGAAAAUUAUCUGUGCCCAAAAUGACUGUCGCCUGUAAAGGCGCGGACAUAACGACGGCUACAUACGGCCGCACCGAGUGCAUGCAGUGAGGCAGAGACACUAACUAAGCAGGAAGACCCGAUCGGAUUCACAGCUAAAACGAUGGCUACAUACGGCGUCGACCUCACCAGCAGCUUCAAGCCUAAAUUUGAACCAACGGCAGAGACACUAACUAGGGAGGAAGAUUCGAUCGGAUUCACAGAUAAAACGAUGGCUACGGACAUCUCCAAGCUCACUGGCAUCGUCAAGCCUGUGCGUGAUGUGCCGAAAUUUCAACUAACUGCAGAGGAGAUAGCAAUUAAUGCCUGGCUCCCGAUGACCUCUUCAAGGAAUGCCAAGUGGUGGUAUUCCUCUUUCCACAAUGUUACUGCCAUGGUUGGUGCUGGUGUCCUCGGCCUUCCUUAUGCCAUGUCUCAGCUUGGAUGGGGACCCGGUGUUGCCAUGAUGGUGAUGUCAUGGAUAAUCACUCUAUACACAUUGUGGCAAAUGGUUGAGAUGCACGAGAUGGUUCCAGGAAAGCGUUUUGACAGAUACCAUGAGCUGGGGCAGCACGCUUUUGGUGAAAAGCUGGGACUAUGGAUCGUUGUUCCACAACAGCUGGUGGUUGAGGUCGCGGUGGAUAUCGUGUACAUGGUUACUGGAGGAAAAUCCCUCAAGAAAUUCCAUGACUUGGUUUGCAAAGACUGCAAAAACAUCAAACUCUCCUACUUCAUCAUGAUCUUCGGUUCUGUCCACUUCGUCCUCUCCCACCUUCCCAACUUUAACUCCAUCUUCGGGGUGUCUCUAGCAGCAGCUGUUAUGUCAUUGAGUUACUCGACGAUUGCUUGGGCGGCUUCGGUGGACAAGGGCGUGCAACCGAAUGUGGAUUACAGCUACAGAUCUCCGACCACUAGCGGCACUGUUUUCGACUUCCUCACGGGGUUGGGUGAUGUGGCUUUCGCUUUUGCAGGUCACAACGUGGUGUUGGAGAUUCAAGCCAGUAUCCCUUCCACAUCUGAAACCCCAUCCAAGGGACCCAUGUGGAAGGGAGUGCUUGUUGCUUAUAUCGUUGUGGCCUUGUGCUACUUCCCUGUUGCCUUCAUCGGCUACUGGGUGUUUGGAAACCUAGUGGAAGACAACAUUCUGAUGUCCUUGCAGAAACCUACAUGGCUCAUUGCUAUGGCCAACCUCUUUGUUGUUGUUCAUGUCAUUGGAAGUUAUCAGAUCUAUGCGAUGCCCGUCUUUGACAUGUUGGAGGCAUUUCUGGUUAAGAAACUGAAGUUCAAGAUAACUUGGCAACUGCGUUUCAUUACCAGGAACAUAUACGUGGCAAUCACAAUGUUUAUUGGAAUCACAUUUCCGUUCUUUGGUGGGCUGCUUGGAUUCGUUGGAGGAUUUGCUUUUGCCCCGACAACAUACUUCCUCCCAUGUGUGAUGUGGCUAGCCGUUUACAAGCCGAAGAAAUACGGUCUUUCUUGGAUCACAAAUUGGAUUUGCAUUUUUCUGGGAGUUGUAUUGAUGGUUUUGGCACCCAUUGGCGGGCUACGGAAUAUCAUCCUACAAGCCAAAGACUACAAAUUCUACUCUUAAUUUACAACACAAACUCGCUCUUUUGCUACAAAUAUUUAUGCAAACAUAGUACAUUAAUUUAAUAGUUAAUUUCAAAAACUUUGGAGGGACUUGAUAGUUCCUGAUCCUUAGUGCUCCUGAAGUUGAUGAAGUACCAGGGGAAUAUAGAAAAUGAAUAUCCGGAAGGAAGACAAUGUGCUGGCUUUUUCUUGAUUUUUGUAAUGUUCCCUUUUUAUUACACACACAUACAUUAUGCGGUUCCUGUUCUGGUUCCCUAAAGUUUGGAACCUUGAACCGGCGGUUCGGUUCCGAUUCCAGUUCAGUUCCGAAUCGGGGAUAGGUCUACAUACAUACACCAAACCUCCACCACAAAUAUUCUUAUACGGAGUAUUUUUUCUUAACUUACGGAAAAAUAUUAUAGAGGAUGUAAAAAGAUUCUCUAGUACAUUUUCCCUUAUUGGUGUACACCAUACCCUUUUCAUUAUAGAGGAUUGAUUGCUAUUUAAGAGUGAUGUAAAAAGAUUCUCUAGUACAUUUUCCGUUGUGUAUCAAUUUUCGGCCAAUGUAGUAUUUUAUCAGUGUACGCAAUUCAGGGUGUACAGUUAGCACUGAUGUGUUUACAAGUUGGUAAAGUCUCGGAUGUUGAUAGUGUGAACAAUCCUCAGUUGCAUUACAAGUAUUUGGAAUGGUUUUUG